UUUCAGGCUGCCUGAAGCAGAAUAAUAACUAGAGGAAGGGGUCUAUACAGUAAAUGCUGCAUCGUCUACAAUUUUGAGAAAGAUGUUACUGUAUCGGUGUACAAUAAAUUUCGUGUUUUAUACAUCAGUACCAGUAAGAAGAUGCUUUAUCUAUUCUGUGUGGAUUCUUCUGUGUUAUCAUUCAGCCAUAAGUACACAAAGUUGUACUGAGGUCAAUCAGACAGAGUCCAUCGUCCACCAUCAAAUCUCUCAGGGACUGUCAACCACCAUCAACUGCCAUUACAGAAAAAACAACAGUCAAUCUCUAACAGCAUCUAUGAGAACAAAACAUAAUCUGUGUAAAUACCGCUAUUUCAAUACAUCCUGGACUAAACAAUUCUGUAUUGAUGACAUCAGAUUUACAUGGAAUCCAGAAACAAAGGAAAUAUCAUUUCAGCUCUUAAAUCUUCAGAUAAAUAAUUCAGGUCUUUACACAUGUACUGUCAACAAUAUCUUCCCACCUCCUACAUGGUGUUUGGGACAGGAGACGAUAUUCAUUCAUGUAAAAGCACCUCCAUCUGUAUCUGUGUCAUGUGUAAAUAGUUCUGACGGAGUUCCCACAUUACUUUGCACUUCUGAGAGAUUUUACCCUGCUGAUUUGACGCAGACCUGGCUCAGAGAUGGAAAAUACAUCAAUUAUCUGAACACUUCUCUUAUACUGCCAAAUACGGAAAACCUGACCUACUCUCAUUUUAAUUGGAACUACAGGAAAAACACAGAUGGGUCUUACAGUGUCACAUCGUACCUUCACUUGUCUUCAGACAGAGCAGUGUUCUACUGCUGGGUGAAUCACUCAACCCUGACCCAACCCAUCACUGUCAAUAUUUCUUCCACUGAGUGCACUGAGAGACGAGGAGACGAUACUCCAGCAGUGGUUUUAUCAUUCACAGGAAUUAUUUGUGGUAUGAUGGCUGGUAUUGGGCUGAUUCUCUCAGGAUGUUAUCUUUGUUUCAGAAAAAGAACUUAUUUAAGGUCUCGAGUAGAAGCAGCUCCAUUGCCUGAGUCUGUGUCCCAUUCAACUCUGGGGACACAGAGAAACCAUCAUCCUGUUUCACAAGUGUACUCAACACUGGGGAACCAUCAGCCUGUUCCAGAGAUUUACUCAACAUUGGGGAACCAUCAGCCUGUUCCACAGAUUUACUCAGCAUUGGGGAACCAUCAGCCUGUUCCAUGCAGGAACAAUAGUAAUGACAGCACAUUUCCCUCACUAUGACACUCACAAAAUAAUCAAAUUUUUAAAAUUUUUAAUGUACCCACAGAAAGCUAUCCAGAUCUAAUGUAAUCUGAUUUAACAUUUCAAUCACUUUUGAGUGUCCCAUGUUCACCAUUGCUUUUAUUUUCAUUGCCAUUUUUUUAUCGUUAUUAUCAUUAUUAUCGUUCAUUUUUAUAGUCUUUUAUUGUCUCUCAUCUAAUUUUCACCUUUCCUUUCCUUUUUGUCUCAUAUAUGUUUAUAUUUUAAUGAUAUUAGAGGUGCAUGGUUGUUUAUGGAGGGAAAGAGUUCUGCACAAAAAAAUCAUUAUGCACAAAACACAAACAGCUGAUUAUAAAAGGGUUUAGAAAUUCUUGUUAAAGUUUGUUGUAUUUUUUGCAUUUAUUGUUUUUUAUUGUUUAGUGUAUGUAGCUCGCACUGUUUUAUUAUUUGUAUAAAUGUACAACAGGGUUCUUCCACUUUCAUAGCGAAUUGUAAAGACAGUGACUGUGAAGUGAAUACAAAUGUAACAUGUAUCAAAUGUAACCGUAAAAUGUAACAAAUGUCUUGUGUCUUUAUGCAACUUUUUAUUUAUAGCUAUCAGCUAUACUGGGACUUUUCACCUCUGCAAUCAUUGCUUAUAUGCAAACCACAUAAACACAGUACACAGCAUGAAUGACAUUCAGCAUAAAUGACUAAUUUCCUGGCAAGCGUGCAAAGUCUCCACAUACCCGGUAUACACGUUUUCUGGUCUUUUGCCUCAGACCUGCCUCAGAGCUCCCCCAGGGCCAUCCUUGUUUUCAGGUCACAUGAGACAAAACAAUGUUGUUUAAUCUAUGUAGACUUUCUCUGUACCAACUCACAGAUUCUUGAAAUAUAUAUGUCAGGUGACCUU